AUGGAGACGGGAGGUGGACGGCAGCAUGCAACACGAGGACCUGCCGGCCUCGGCCUCCCGCUGGGCCUCGCCUACUCAUCGCUGCUCCUCAACGCCGUCUUCCUCGCGCACCACUUCAUCCUCUCGCCGUCGCUGCUGUUCCGUGACGACGACGGUGGCGGCAGCUGCGGGCUCACCUGGUCUCUGCAGGCGGCCAGGGAGGCCGAGGCGGUGGCCGCCGUCGAGUGCUCGGGCCACGGGCAGGUGUUCCUCGAUGGCAUCACCGGCGAGGACGGGCGGCCCGGGUGCGAGUGCAACAGCUGCUUCGGCGGGCCGGACUGCUCCCUUCGCACGCCCAACUGCACCGCCGACGCCGACAGCGGGAACCCGUUGUUCUUGGAGCCGUACUGGCGGCGUCACGCGGCGGCCAGCGCCGUGGUGUUCUCCGGGUGGCACCGCAUGAGCUACACCACCACCGGCCGGUUCCAGUCCGUGGAGCUGGAGCGCCAGAUCCGGCGCCUGCACAGGGCCGUGGGCAACGCCGUCGCAGACGACAAGCACCUGGUCUUCGCCAGCGGCUCGCUGCAGCUCAUAAACGCGCUGGUGCACGCGCUGUCCCCGGACGCCAUGGCCGCCAAGCCGCCGUCCAGAGUGGUCGCGGCCGCGCCGUAUUACCCGUCAUACAGAUUGCAAACCUCCAUGUUCGACGGCCGUGAGUACAGGUGGGCCGGAACCACGGCCUUGUGGACCAACGCGUCACGGACGAACUCCACCGACGGCUUCAUAGAGUUCGUCACGUCGCCUAACAACCCGGACGCCAUGCUCCGCAAGCCAGUCCUCUGCAGCUCGGCGUCGGCGAUCGUCGACCACGCGUACUACUGGCCGCACUUCACGCACAUCCCUGCGGCCGCCGACGAGGACAUCAUGAUGUUCACCAUCUCCAAGCCAUCCGGGCAUGCUGGCAGCAGAUUCGGAUGGGCGCUGAUCAGGGAUGACGAGGUGGCCCAGAGGGCGUUAGACUACCUGUCGAACAGCAACAUGGGCGCGUCCCGGGACACCCAGCUGCGGAUGCUGGGGAUCGUCAGGUUCAUGCUGGCCAACCUGCACGGCAAGGACGACAUCUUCGGCUUCGGGCACGACGUGAUGAGCAGCAGAUGGCUCAGGCUCAGCGCCGUCGUGUCGCGGUCCCGCCGCAUCUCGCUGCAGAAGAUCAUGCCCCAGUACUGCACCUACUUCAACCGGGUCAGAGAGCCAUCCCCAGCCUACGCAUGGGUGAAGUGCGAGAGGGAGGAAGACGAAGACUGCUACGAGGCGCUGCUGAAGGCGAAGAUCAUCACGCGCUCCGGCGUCGAAUAUGAGGCGGGCAGCAGGUACACGAGGAUCAGCCUCCUCAAGUCGGACGACGACUUCGACGUGCUCAUGGAGAGGCUUCAAGAUCUUGUCGAUGCCGAGAAGUACGACGACGCUCCCAACGGUUCCAGCUCAAUGUGA